UUAUAAUACAUCCAUUGUUUCGAUCGUGAGUUGUGUGAAGGCCGUGGAUUUUCCAUUUUACAUUGAUGCUUCGUCAUGCCUUGAUGGGCUUCCAUUACUUAAUUUCUCUGGUGCGAGAAGGCGAGUGUAUGCCUUGGUCAAUGCAAAUGCCUCAUCUAUGGAAACCGCAUGCACUAUAGAGUUUGUGGGAAUGCUAUCACAGUGGGUUGAUGAAUCUAAUCUUCAUUCCUAUGCGCAAAUUCACGAACGUAUGGUUUAUGGAUUCGAGCUUUCGUGGUCUUAUCCUCCUAAGCUUUCAAGGGGUGAUCCUAAGCACACCAAGAUAGAUAUCGCCUAUGGCCUCGCCCAUACUCUUUGGCGUAUUGAACAUAUCUCGUUCCUUCCCAUCGGUUUCAUUCGUUACAAACGCAAUCUCUAUUCGGGAACAGGGAACCACUACCUUGAUGUGGUGGUGCUUUUUCUCUUGGACAUCGUGCUUCAGUGCAUGGUUGUGAAAUUCAUCUUGGGAGCCCCAUGUGUGAUGACGUUGCUAAUACGCAAAUGGAAGAGAAGACACUUAGCAAUGGAUCAAAAUGUUGAAGAAUUUUUGCAAUCUAACAAUAAUUUCUUGCCGAUAAGGUAUUCUUACUCGGACAUCAAGAAAAUCACGAGUGGCCUUAAGGAUAAACUAGGUGAGGGAGGGUACGGGUCCGUGUUCAAAGGAAGACUCCGGAGCGGCCGUGAGGUGGCGGUCAAGAUUCUAAAGAAGGGAAAAACGAAUGGGCAGGACUUCAUUAGUGAAGUAGCUACCAUUGGUAGAAUUCAUCAUGUUAAUGUUGUUGGACUCAUUGGUUAUUGCUUUGAGGGCUCUAAACAAGGUCUUGUCUACGAUUUCAUGCAUAAUGGAUCUCUCGAUAAGCACAUUUUCUCACGAGAACAAGGGAUUUCUCUUGAAUGCAAGGAAGUGUAUGAGAUUGCUCUCGGAGUGGCUAGAGGGAUUGAAUAUCUUCAUCGAGGAUGUGAUAUCCAAAUUUUACACUUUGAUAUUAAGCCUCAUAACAUUCUUCUAGACGAGGAUUUCACCCCAAAAGUUUCCGACUUUGGGCUCGCAAGAUUGUAUCCCACGGAUUACAACACUGUGUCUUUGACUGCCGCGAGAGGAACCUUAGGGUACAUGGCUCCGGAGCUCGUCUUCAAGAACCUUGGAGGCAUCUCUUACAAAGCCGACGUCUAUAGUUUCGGAAAAUUGUUGAUGGAAAUGGCCACUAGAAGGAAGAACGAGGACAAGGUUACAGGGUGUUCAAGUCACACUUACUUUCCUUUAUGGGUUCAUGACCAAAUCGAUAAAGAAUUGAAAAUUCCAGUGGAAGUUAGUGAGGACAAGAGGAAAAUAAUAAAGAAGAUGAUAAUAGUUGCUCUUUGGUGCAUACAAUGGAAUCACGAUGAUCGCCCUUCGAUGCGAGAAAGUCUUGAAAAUGCUCGAAGGAGAAGUAGAUGA